GGGGAGGAGGUGGGGGAGGGGGAGAGUUGGUGGAUUUUGUUCAUCUUGGUUUUUUUUCCCCUUCAGCUGGGAUUAACUUUCAUGCAAACAGUGACGUAAAGUAGAGUCCAAAGCUCAGCACGUAUAUCUGGAUGUUAUUUAGUUUGUUAGAUAGUGGGUUUCUUAGAGAACAAAGGCUAACCCUCUAGAACACAAAUCUUACUGAUGUUUUUUAGGAAAUAGCAGUGUUUUUUGGAGGGGCUGAAUAUCAGAGCUUCCUGAGAGCAGGGAAAAGAAAGAACUGGAGAGAACGCAAACUAUGAAAGUAUUGGUUGUUGGCCUCGGAGGUGUAACAAAUGGAGGAAAAACAACACUGGCGGAAAAGCUCAAGAAAAUUCUUCCCAACUGUGAUAUCAUCUCUCAGGAUGACUUCUUUAAGCCGGAGUCUGAAGUAGAGACGGAUCAACGUGGAUUUAAGCUCUACGAUGUACUUGAUGCCCUCUAUAUGGAUGAAAUGGUGAAAAGUAUUCGCAGUUGGAUGAACAGCCUGGCAAGCUCAUCUAUCUUGACUGAAGAAUCACAGAAUACAUGUGUCAAUCCAAAAAAUACAGAAGAUGUCUGUGUUUUGAUUGUGGAAGGCUUUCUUUUGUAUAAUUAUGAGCCGCUUAAUGAACUGUGGGAUAGAAGAUAUUUUCUGACCCUUCCUUAUGAAGAGUGCAAGAGGAGGAGGAGCACCAGAGUCUAUCAGCCAGCAGAUACACCGGGGUACUUCGAUGGACACGUGUGGCCUAUGUAUCUGAAAUAUAAAAAUGAAUUGGAAGAAAAUGCAAGUAAUGUUGUUUAUUUGGAUGGAACAAAACCCCAGGAGGAGCUUUUAUCCUGUGUGUACAAUGAUAUAAUACAGGAAUUAAAAAAGCAAAGGGAAGGAGGUAAGCAGGUCACAGCGUAAUAAUGUAGGAAGUUCGGAUUCUCUGUGAUGUAGACUGAAAACUGAGCACUGGAGUACUUGGCAAGGCAACUGAGCAGAUGCUACAUGUGUGUCCAUAGUACAAGUUCACACAACACAAGUGGAUUUGUAGUGACUAUAUUGCUGAGUAGUAUUAACAGAGCAAUAGUCUUUUGAAUUCCUUCUAACAGUAAUACUUUAGCCAAAUGCCAAUCUUUAAGUGUUAUUGCAUGCUUACAUUUUUAAAUAAUAUAAACAAAUAUUUUUGUAUAGAAAAAAUAAAGUAUAAAGAUGCAGUUAUGUUGAUUGAUAAACUUAUUGGAAGGAUAGGUAUGUGCAAUCUCAAAUGACCGUAUAGUGUUUGGGAAUUACAAAGUGAUUAGAAGCUAGUAAAAGUAUGAGAGGCUGUCCUUGAUAAACACGUAUAGAGGAACUGGCUAUGUGCUGUUGUUAAAAAGGCGAUAGUGAUUUUAAGACUGUAUAGUUAUGAGCUGUUACGUUGCUCAUUCAGUAACUGAAGCUAUUACUGAUAUAAGUGAACAUAUUUAGACUUAAUAAAUACCUAUGUGGUAUUUCUCAAGUAAUUUGUAUAUUGCAGAUUAUUUGGAGCAGUUGGGAAUAUAGACAUUUAAAAAAAAAAAGAAAGAAAAAGAAAAAAUCAGGUGCUUGGAAAAAGUAGGGGAAUAAGAUGCCAGUGAGACAGCAGAUGUGUAUUGCUGACAAGGUUAAGUGCAUGUAUCAUGGAAAGAUUGAGAAUUGGGAUGGCAUAAAGUAUUAGAUGAUAAAUGCAUGCUUUAGGGAGGGAGAAGGAAAAUAUUUGUUAGUUUUCAGAACUCAUGUUGAAAUUAUAUUAAUAAUUGUGUUGAAAAAUCAGGUAUUCUAAAUGUAUGUUGAAACUUUCUUACAUGGUUUGUGUAUAUAUUUAGAUAAACUAAGAAGUAGAAUCAGCUUCAGUUGUUGAAUAAGCAAUAAAUCAGCUUUUAGUUUUUCUAAACUUCCUCUUAAAUUUUUAUCAGCCAGAUAAACACAACUAUUAAAACUGAACUCUACAUACAUUAAUAGACAAGGGCAAGCUACGCAUUAUGCUUUGGCUGAAAUGAUCAUGGUAAUUGAAAUGUAAUGCUUUAUUGUUAAGCAAUAGGAGUCCUAAAACUUUUUUUUUUUUAAAAAAAGGCCUUAAACAGAUUAGAGCUGUGUAAAGCUAUGUUUAAGACAAAGUACUUUUAAACGCUCAUUUGUGUAAUUACUUUGCAAUAAAAAAUACUUCAAGUUGCA